AUGCACCAAUUGUUUGUUGAAGUUUUAGCCAAAAGAGAUUUGUCUAAAGCGGGGGAUCUCUUCUCCAUCGAUGACAAGAGUAUUGUCGCCGACCUCUCAGAGCUCAUACAUCACAUCCAGAAGAUCAGUAGUGCCGACAGUUUCCUCGACAAACACAACGACCAAAGUGUGGUCGAGAUCUGCUUGACUCGAAUCACAAGUGCCAUUCGGUAUGAUAUCCUCACAUCCCAUCCCAUCCCAUCCACCCGUUCACCAACUUUAUUAUUCUUCCACUUUAUGUCAUCUCUUCAUUCAUUUCGUAUACUUUUAUUGAUAUGUAUUUUCAGAGACACCGGAACUAUCGAAGAACACGCCGGAGCACUGGUAGCUCUACUCGAGUCAUGUCUGUUGCACGACUUGAAGCCGUCAAACAAGGACGAGGACCCGCCUCACGCCAAGAUUGCCAGCGAUGUGGUCUCCUGUAUAUUCCUGAAUCACAGCAAGAAGUCAGUGAUGAGACUAUCGGUUCCCAUUGCUGUCAAACUUCUUCACAGAGGCAACAAAGAGUUGAGUCGAAAUCUCUCCAGUUAUCUCUCAUUAGCCGCCAUUAAUAACGCAGACAUCCUCUCGCCUCAUAUCCAACCGAUUAUUGAUUCCAUAAUCGGUGGUAACUAUUCAUUGGCGAGAGUAUUGCCUAAGAUUUAUGCCGUGAAUAAGGAACCGAUUCACGACCAUAUCAUGGCAUUGUUGUGUCUGUUACCACAAUGUGAUACCCCAGAGAAGUUAUCUCUUCUUAAUUUAUUUACUCUCAUCUCAAAGAACAAGCCAUCAAUUCUGGAGUCAAAUUUACCACAAUUUAGUGAUUGUCUCACUCAAUCUCAAACGGCUUAUCCAACGUUACAGAUAUUCUUGAAUAUGGCACAAACCAAUCCCAAGCCUUUCCUAGAAUAUGUCCAUAAAGUGGUGUCCGCUUCAGAACUACAGACAGGAAUGCUUUCAAUCGCCGCACAAUUCCUCGGAUUAGUCGGAAAACUAAACCCAAACAAAGGCCGCGAUUGCCUUAAGUUCUUAACCAAUCAGUUGUCGAAAUCAGAUCUCUCGACAAUGAUUACUCUCUUGAGGGAAAUCAAGUCAAUCGUAGAAGUCUUUCCAACACUUUUGCCAUCAUUUUUGCCACAAAUAGUCUCCCAGACAGAGAACUCGACGUCAUCGACAGUACAGUCAUAUUUGCAACAAAUCAGUUCAAUAAACAAUACCAACAAUAGCAGCAAUUCUAACGCUAUAACCAUAGUUCGAGUCAAUUGUGAUAACCCUUCAAACGGUAUUAACGGCCAAUUGAAUAGCACCGGCAGUAAUGCCCAUUCAUAUUCAACUCAAACCAAUAAUAAUAACAAUAGUAAGAAGAUCUCUUCGUUCAACGAUUGCAUUCUUCCGUCUCCUCUAAAGAGUAUCGGAAGCAAUAGAUUGGGAACAAGUAAUAUACAUGUCAUUCACAGAAGUAUUCCUCGACUUCAUAUAGUUAGUGGCGGUCAUAUAAUCGGACGAAACUCUUCAUCCAACGUUCACAGAAGUCUGACGGCUCUAAUGAUGGCCAACCCGUCCACGAGUAGACAUCAUAUGAAUCGGAUGUCCAUUGAGAGCGUCAACGCAACCACACCAACGAGUUCUCAGAAGAGCGCUUCCAGUAGUUAUUUAACGGCAUUGCAUGAGAGGGAGUUGGCGGCCAAGUCUUCCAAAGCUGUGGCCACUUCUGCCGACUCACAGCUUCAGUCACACGUUCAGAACGUCACCUCUUCGUCCUCCUCUUCAUCUCACUAUAAUCUAAAACUUUCCAAAAGUGAAAUCAUUUCCAACAGUAAUAUUAAAAUAAGAGAUAAGUCGACCAAUGCUACCAUUGGGUCACAAAUGGGUCAACAGAAUCGGGUGUCAGUCUUCGAGCCGUAUCCGAUGCGCGAUGCCGUCCAACACUUCUGUGAGAAACAUAUCGACAAAAUUAAGGCAUAUAUGCAAAAGAUUUUCGUCAAAAUUCCACUUCCGGUUAAGUGUACGAUAGAAGAGAGAAAAGCCAAAAAAGUUGCAAAACUCCACUUUGUGUGUCAGGGAAAGGGAGAGCACUGUCUCUAUUCCAAGACAUAUUUCAUAAUGAAGACCAGAAAUGCCCGCAUUUGGAUACAUCUCAUGUUUCUGGCCCUUCAGGCCAAAGCCACGUCCGCCCUCUGCACUCGCGAAACAUCUGUGAACGCACUUAAGAACUGUUGGGACAUUCUUAAGGCAGACAACAAGACAUUCCUCACUUUAGUCACCUCUUCCUUCCCAUCGGCUAAAGACCAGGACUUACUGAAUGCUGAACUCCGGUCUAAACGCUAUUUUGAUGUCUUUGAAUUCAACGCUAUUGUACAGAUUUGGGGCUGUUUUCUAUGCAAUCAUCCGGAAAGGGCUAACGGCUUCCUCAAGAGUAACGAACCUGUGAUUGAGGGACAGUUGAAGGAGAAAAAGGGCAAAUGGAAACUCUUCAGGAGAUGGAGGACCAGAUAUUUCACUCUUUCGGGAAUUCAGUUGUCUUAUAGAGAAGGAAAUGGUGAAAAAGAUGGAGAACCGGUGGAAAUCGGACAAAUUCAAAGUGUCAGAGCGAUUGGUAGUUCCAGAGGUCGGACUAUUCCUAAAGCAUUUGAAAUCUUCACUAAUGAGAAGACUUAUGUAUUAAAAGCCAAAAACAGCUUAAAUAACGAACAAUGGGUUCAGUGUCUGUCUAUAGCUAUGGCUCACUCGCAGGCAAAAGAAGGUAAUUAAAUGUUAUUUUUGAGUUUGCAUAGCAAUUAUUAUUUAAUAAUUAUUUAUAAUUAAUUCAAAUACACGUUCUCUUAUGAUAGCCAACCCUAAGGUAAUGGUCUUCUCAAUAAUCUAACUAUAAGUCUAUCACUAAUUCUAAUGUUUGCUCAUAUCUUUUACAAGAA